AAGGGGGAAAGCCCCGGAUGUUCGUUGAAGAUUCAACAUGGCGGCGGCAGUGGCCGCGGUGGCGGCGGCGCAAGAGAGCUGAAGGAGGCGCGAGGGCGCGGAGUUCUGAGCUGAGCAGCUAGGCCGCGAGCGACUGCGGCGCCGAACCGCUCUUCUGAUGGUGUGUGGCGAGAGCUCCUUGCGGUUUUCACUUGCAUCUCUCUAAUGGCGAUGAUGUCGACCACCUUCCCGGGCUUAUCCGCCACCUGGGCUUCGCCCCAAUGAGUGACCCGAAGCCCGGGGAGGAGCCGUCACCUGCCUGAGGGCACUCCUAGCCCAGCUGGCCUCAAACCAGGCCCCCAGCAGGAGCCCAAGCCUCAGCCCCCGGGCUGCCGAGGCCCUGGCACCAUGUUCGGGAAGAGGAAGAAGCGGGUGGAGAUCUCGGCGCCGUCCAACUUCGAGCACCGCGUGCACACCGGCUUCGACCAGCACGAGCAGAAGUUCACGGGGCUGCCGCGCCAGUGGCAGAGCCUCAUCGAGGAGUCGGCUCGCAGGCCCAAGCCCCUCGUCGACCCCGCCUGCAUCACCUCCAUCCAGCCAGGGGCCCCCAAGACCAUCGUGCGGGGCAGCAAAGGUGCCAAGGAUGGGGCCCUCACGCUGCUGCUCGACGAGUUUGAGAACAUGUCGGUGACGCGCUCCAACUCCCUGCGGAGAGACAGCCCGCCGCUGCCCGCCCGCGCCCGCCAGGAGAACGGGGUGCCGGAGGAGAGGGCCGCAGGCGCCAGAGCAGGCCCGGAGAAGGCGGGCGGCCGAGGCCGGGCCACCGGCCGCAGCGAGGCAGGAGGCGCCAGCGGUGACAAGCGACGGGUGGGGCCUGAGAAGAGGCCCAAGUCUUCCAGGGAGGGCUCAGGGGGCCCCCAGGAGUCCUCCCGGGACAAACGCCCCCUCUCUGGGCCUGACGUCAGCACCCCUCAGCCUGCCCCUCUGGCCAGCGGAGCAAAGCUGGCGGCUGGCCGGCCCUUUAACACGUACCCCCGGGCCGACACGGACCACCCAUCCCGGGGUGCCCAGGGAGAGCCUCGCGAUGUGGCCCCGAAUGGGCCCUCCGCAGGGGGCCGGGCCGUCCCGCAGUCCUCUUCCCGGCCUCCCGCCCGAGCCCGCGGCCCCCCGAGUCCUGGAGUGCUGGGUCCCCACGCCUCUGAGCCCCAGCUGGCCCCGCCAGCCCGCACCCCCGCUGUCCCCGCUGUCCCCGCUGCCCUCCCUGCCCCGGGGCCCCCCGGCCCCCGCUCCCCACAGCGGGAGCCGCAGCGAGUGUCCCACGAGCAGUUCAGGGCUGCCCUGCAGCUGGUGGUGGACCCAGGGGACCCGCGCUCCUACCUGGACAACUUCAUCAAGAUCGGCGAGGGCUCCACGGGCAUCGUGUGCAUCGCCACCGUGCGCAGCUCGGGCAAGCUGGUGGCCGUGAAGAAGAUGGACCUGCGCAAGCAGCAGAGGCGCGAGCUGCUCUUCAACGAGGUGGUAAUCAUGCGGGACUACCAGCACGAGAACGUGGUGGAGAUGUACAACAGCUACCUGGUGGGCGACGAGCUCUGGGUGGUGAUGGAGUUUCUGGAGGGAGGUGCCCUCACCGACAUCGUCACCCACACCAGGAUGAACGAGGAGCAGAUAGCCGCCGUGUGCCUGGCCGUGCUGCAGGCCCUGUCCGUGCUCCAUGCCCAGGGCGUCAUCCACCGGGACAUCAAGAGUGACUCAAUCCUGCUCACCCACGAUGGCAGGGUGAAGCUGUCGGACUUCGGGUUCUGCGCCCAGGUGAGCAAGGAGGUGCCGCGGAGGAAGUCACUGGUCGGCACCCCCUACUGGAUGGCCCCGGAGCUCAUCUCCCGCCUGCCCUAUGGGCCGGAGGUGGACAUCUGGUCGCUGGGCGUCAUGGUGAUCGAGAUGGUGGACGGGGAGCCCCCCUACUUCAACGAGCCACCCCUCAAAGCCAUGAAGAUGAUUCGGGACAACCUGCCGCCCCGGCUGAAGAACCUGCACAAGGUGUCGCCAUCCCUGAAGGGCUUCCUGGACCGGCUGCUGGUGCGCGACCCCGCACAGCGGGCCACGGCGGCCGAGCUGCUGAAGCACCCGUUCCUGAGCAAGGCGGGGCCGCCCGCCAGCAUCGUGCCCCUCAUGCGCCAGAACCGCGCCAGAUGAGGCCCAGCGCCCUGGCCUGGACCAAAGAGCCCUCGGCGCCCCGCCUGCUCCUGGCCCGGACGCCGGGGACACAGGGGACCCUACUACUGAACUCCGGUUCCAAUUUGUGACUUCCGAAAACACACGGACUCCUGGGAGCAAGUGAGGCCCUCAGGGUCCCCACCCUCUGGGAGAGGCCCCCGCUGUGUUCUGUCUCCAGGAAGGACACGCAGCCCCCCAUCACUGGAAACCUGCAGCCGGGGCCGGGGAGAACACUAAGAACGAGGCGUGUGUGUAGUGUAUGUGUGUGCACAUGUGCGUAUGUGUGUGCGCUCACCAGUAUGUGCACGCGUGUGUGCGUACCAGUAUGUGUGUGUGCACACCAGUGUGUGUGUGCACACGUGUGUGCAUGUGUGUGUGGAAGGCGCAGCUCCUCUGCCCUCCAGCCCGCAAGGUGGGCGUCUCUGAGACCUGGCCUGACAUCCAGGCCCCCCACCCCCGAGCCAUUGUGGGGGUCAAUCAUGAAUGUCUGACGUGGCCUUUUCCCCUCACCCCACACCCUGCUUGUGGCUCAAGAGGGAGGUGGGGCGGGGCCUCCCGCCCAGCCCAGCCUCUGCAGCAAACGACUACUGCACCAGGACAGCCACCUCUUUUCUAGAAGUCUAUUUAUAUUGUCAUUUUAUAACACUCCCGCCCUCCCAACCUGGAACAGGAGGUCCCCCGGGCGGGCGGCAGCGGGCGGAACCACCGCCUGAGGAAUCCGGUCCUGCCCCGGCUGCCCCGCCCCCCACCCUUCUCACGUUAGUUUUACAAUUAAAACAUUUUCUUGUUUUGUG